AUGGUCGAUCAAGAAAAUCAUAUACACACAAAAAAUAAGCAGAAUGCAGAUGGAUUGAAGAUAUACUGGAGGAGACUUCAAACAGAUGAAAAUUAUAAAGAGCUUAAGAAGAUUGGGAUCCAUAAUCAGGCUUCAACUGCUGCAGAGGUUGAUGAUGUUGUCAAUAGAUAUGAACAACUUGUAGAUGAUGAUGAUAUUCCACAGUCAAUUGUAUCCCAUUUUGGAAAUUCUGAUGACACCCCUUCUUCACAGCAAGCAGCCCCUGAGGCACCUCAUUCACAAGCUGGAUACCCAACUCUACCACCUUCUACUCAAUCGAAUGUUACCCCACAACAGCAGUCGCAAGGGUACCCUACCCAGCCACAGUCGCAGGGGUACCCAAACCAGCAACAGCCACAAGGAUACAACAACCAGCAACAGCCACAAGGAUACAACAACCAGCAACCACCACCACAGGGCUACCCCAACCAACAACAGCCACCACCGCAGGGGUACCCAACCCAGCAACAGCCACAAGGGUACCCAACCCAGCAACAACCACAGGGGUACCCAAACCAACAGCAACCACAGGGGUACCAACAACCACCACAGGGGUACCCUAACCAGCAACCACCACAAGGGUACCAAACCCAGCAGCCACCACAAGGCUACCCAAGCCAACAGCAGCCACAGGGGUAUCCUAAUCAACAGCAACCACAACAAGGUUGCCCUAAUCAGCAACAGCCUCAGGGCUACCCUACUCAACAGCAAUCCCAAGGGUACCCUAACCAGCAACCACAAGGAUACUACAAUCAACAACAAGGGUAUCCAAACCAGCAGCCUCAAGGCUAUCAGGGUCAACAACCUGGCUAUGCUGCACCCCAGUCAGGAGGCUACUCACAGCCACCAGUGUCGGGCCAAGGUCAAGGUCAGCCUCCUGCACCACCUGGGUAUGUACCUCCACCAACAACAAGUGCCACAAAAUCCCGUCCACCUGUGCCACCAGGCUUCACUUCCGAAUCAGCUAUAGGAUAUAAUCAGCCUUUAGCCCAGCCUCAAACCACAGGUCAACAUAUGCCACAAUGGAUGGCCCGUCCAGAAAAUACGUCCAACUGCCCUCCUGGCCUGGAAUACUUGACCAUGGUGGAUCAAAUUCUCAUACAACAACAAGUGGAUGCUUUGGAGACUUUCACCUCAUUUGAAUCUUCAAACAAAUACACUGUCCUUAAUUCUUUGGGUCAGCAGGUUUACAUAGCAGCAGAAGAAUCAGAGUUAUGCAUGAGACAAUGUCUGGGCAGCAUGAGGGGUUUCGUCAUGCACAUGAUUGAUAAUAUGGGAAAGGAAGUAAUGAAAGUGACCCGAGAGCUGAAAUUUGGGGCUGGAUGCUGUUGGUUUGCCUGUUGUAACCCUUGUUCUUUGGAGGUUGUCGUAGAAGCUCCUGUUGGCAAGGUUAUUGGUAAAGUGAAACAACGGUAUCACUACAUGGUUGUUAUUAUUGUCUAUCCCAAACAGGUCCACAGUCCCGAUAUGUCCAGAAAAGUGGCCACAAUCAGUAAGGAAUUUAGUGGACUGGUUAAGGAAAUGUUUACAAAAGCUGACAAUUUUGGAAUCUCAUUUCCAAUGGACCUUGAUGUGAACAUGAAAGCCACUUUACUAGGGUCUGUCUUUCUCAUUGACUUCAUGUAUUACGAGUUGUUGAAGUCACCAACAACUUGAAGACAUCAUCAAGUAACACAGCAUUUGUUCCUCACACACACACACACACACACACACACACACACACACACACACAUCAUAAGAAUAGCCUUCCUGUCCCACCUUCUCCACUUCCAACUGGUAUAACUAUUUUGCAUAAUUUAUGUUUAUUUAUUUCAACAGAACUUGCAAAUAUUCAUACGCAGAUAUGACGAAUCAACAUAUAUAUAUGUGUAUAAUUGUGUGUAAAUAUAUAUAUAUAAAUAUAUAUAUAUAAUACACACAGACAUGACAGAAGUAAGUAGACUCCCUUAUAAUCAUUAAAAUUUAUUUAAAUCUGAAAUUAUACAUUCAAAUUAUUUAUUAAUUGUUAUAAUGUGAAUAUCUAAUAUUUAGUAGACAUGGCCUUUGCAUUUUUCAAUGCAAGGACCCUAUGAGGCAUGUUACUGAUC